GCGGUAGCGGAGGAGCAUGGUGGGUGGGACAAAGCUCCACAUCACACUGACGCCGUUCUCGUAUCGCUCGGCUACAGAGGGAGAAGGAUAGGUACAGAAUCUGUUCCUUUGUCCUGGCUCAAAGUCGUUCUUCGAGCCAGCUGGCUGUUUGCAGGUUUCAGGCUGUUUGCAGGUUUCAGGUCCUGCUGGGAGAGGCGGAAAGACGGCGAGAGCCGAGACACAGCAGAGAUCAUUGCCGAGAAAAGACAAGCGUCCGACCUCUUACGUCAACAAUGGUGGUCGGGGCUUAUGUCAGGGUCCAUCAUACUGCCGUGGUGUUGCUGCUGCUGGCAUUACUUUGCUGCGCCAGUUGUCUACAGCCCGCAGCAGUAGAAGAAACCUCGCGACGACAACGACCUCAGCAGCAGCAGCAGCAGGGCAAUCAGGGCAACUCGCAAGCCGGCGACCAAGCGAUCAACCACGGUGAGGUAACAGACGUUGCCGGAGGCAGAGAUGGGGCAAGGUUUCGGCGACGACUGCUGUCUAAAAGCACGACAACACCCCCAAACACAGGCGCGAACGAUCAGCAUCAGCAACUAGACACCGCGGGGGAACAAGAGGCAUGGGAAGAACAGGCAAGAGCAGCAACGACGACGACGACCGUGGCAGCGAGAAGAGCAAACCCUGGUAUGCAUGGAAGCGAAGAAGGCGCGCGAGCAGCGGCGAAAGGCGUCUUGGAGGGGGGCGUCUACCGAGCGGCGCAGGUGCAGACGAUGGACGUCCUGGAGGCGGAAAGCGGCGAUGCCGUAGAGGCGGCGGUCGGGGAAGGAGCGGAGGAGGAGGAGGAGCAGCAGCAGCAGCAGGAGGAGGAGGAGGACAAGGGGAUCGAGGAGGGCGAGGCGGGGGGGUUCGUGGUGGUGGCGCCGGAUAGCGAGCCGGAGCAUAGGGGCCAAGGGGAAAACAUCGACAACGACAACGCAUCGACGAACGGGAUCAGCAACAACGUCAUGGUCAUCGUUUUCUGCGCCCUGGCGUUCGUAGCGAACGGAGGCUUUCUUGUCUACGUCUUCUGGGUGAUGUAGUUUGUCACUCCGAUGCUGGUGUUUGAAGAACUCGUUGUUUCGUUUCGUGCAAUGGUGGUGGUGGGGAAAAAUGUCGCUUCUGCUCCAUGUGCGUAUCGCUGUUGAGGAGCGCAUCGUGCCGAUGAUGAUGGUGAUGGUAAUGACGGCAUUGGGGUGUCGAAUCGAUUCUCGAUUUUAUUCGUACGGGUGUCCAGCGUGGGUGGAUUCACGGAGUAUGUUGUGUCCAUGUCCGCUGGUUUGUCUCAAUUUGGAUGUCGUAUGUUCCUAUUGUAUUAUUGGCAUAUAGUAGUCUCACCCCUAGGAUGUGUUCGAUGCGGUACUAAUGACACGUGGGUCUUGCACAGAGGGUUUGCUCGAUUUCUCUCUAUGUUCGAAGUGCUCAAGAAAGCGCGUUGUCGUCUAAGUGGCGGGCAUCUUUGGGACCUUUCACCCUUAAGGGCAGGAGAAAGGAAUAUGCUCGCUGGGCGAAAGUCAGCAAUGUCUGUUGUGUUUCUUUCAACCAAGGUGCUGCUGUAUAUACUGUAUCUCUCACCUAAUCAUCUUUUUUUUUGUUCGUUUUUUUUGCGUCUCUUGCAUCCCUUUGCUCCUACUGGAGUUUCGUGUGCCUCUAUAUCGUGUGCCUAUUGCUCUUGGCAUGGUCCCUUUGUGUGUUGUGUCUGACGUGACCGCUUGGUAGAACGUCGGAACGAAACGCUAUCUCCCUCAAGAAAGCAACCAACCGCUGUGUGUACAGGCUGCGCUUGGCGGUGUGGUGGUACUGUUUCGAUUCUUUGUUGGGGGGGAGGGAGGGUUAAUCAGUGGGGAGUUAAACGGAGUGCUUGUUGUGUGAGUCAAGUAGGCGGUCGAAAAACAGCGUCCGCGGCCGUUGUGGGGAUAGAGGUGCGUGUUGAGCCGUAGAAAUCAAACCGGUUACCCAGCUAGGAUCUCUUCCAUGCUCGUGCGCAUUUUGUUUGUGGUAGCCUCCGGAGACCAUCCAUCAAUGGUGGCCCGUCUGGUUACGACUUGGUGAUUCCCGCGAAGCUGGCCAUACCUUCGCUCCCCGAAGUCAUGGAUAUCGUGCUGGUGCUUGACGGUGCAGAUGGCGCCAUUCAUUGUAUGACCAACUAUUUACAGAUGGAAUACGCUGGGUCAUGUUCGGACUGCUCCAUGCUUUGUUUGUAGCAAUGUACCGGUGAAAUCGUACCUAGCUACUGCUGCUGUAGAUACCGAGGACUUUUAUUUCGUACAACCUUCCACGAGUGAAUGAAUCUCCCGCACCGCAC